UUUUUAUCUUCUUGAGCUUCUUUUCAACAUUUGCUUUUCCCUCAUCAAUCAUCUUCUCCUUCUUUGUCUUCUGCAACAUCUGUCUAAUCUCUUCUAUAAUAGCGGGAUCCGGGGUUGGGGUCUUGUGCCCGUUCAGACAUGGCAGUGGAGCUGAUGAUGGGGUACGCCAACGAUAGUUUUGCAGCAAAAAUGGAAGAUAAUGCUCUCCAGGAAGCUGCGUCUGCUGGGAUCCAGAGCGUUGAGAAGCUUGUAAAGUUGCUAUCUCAAUGCCAGCAACAGAAGCAGACCACAACCUCUCUGGAAAUUGAUAUUGAUUGCACGGCUGUUGCGGACAUGGCCGUCACCAAGUUCAAGAGGGUUAUUUCGUUGCUGGAUCGAACAAGAACUGGUCACGCUCGCUUCAGAAGGGCUCCUUUGGUGCCUCCUCAACAGCCGCCCCAAGAUACCGACACCCCAGUUCCUGUUAGCCAUCACCAGCCGGCUGAGGAUAAACAAACCUCUGUUUCUAAGAUUUAUUGUCCAACUCCUGUUCAUCGUCUCCCUCCUCUCCCUCAUAACCACCAACCUCACCACCAUCACCAUCACCAUAGCCCCAAUCUAAUGUUGCCCAAGAAGGUAGCCAUAGAGAAGAAGGAAUCUAUGACUACAAUCAAUUUCACAACUUCUCAUUCAGUCUCUGCUCCCAACUCUUUCGUAUCAUCGUUAACGGGAGACACCGAAAGCGUCCAACCGUCUUUAUCGUCUGGGUUUCAUAUUUCGAAUCUAUCACAGGUUUCAUCUGCGGGUCGGCCUCCUCUUUCCUCGUCUUCAUUGAAGAGAAAGUGCAGUUCAAUGGACGACGCAGGUGCCAAGUGCGGAUCAUCUUUUGGGCGGUGUCAUUGUUCUAAGAAAAGGAAAUUGAGAGUGAAGAGAGUGGUCAGAGUUCCUGCAAUAAGCACCAAGAUGGCUGAUAUUCCACCGGAUGAUUUUUCUUGGAGAAAGUAUGGUCAGAAACCUAUCAAAGGUUCUCCGCAUCCAAGGGGAUAUUACAAGUGCAGUAGCGUGAGAGGGUGCCCCGCACGCAAACACGUGGAACGGGCUCUCGACGAUCCGACGGUGCUGACUGUCACCUAUGAAGGCGAUCACAACCACUCUCAAUCAAUUACGGACGCUACUGCAGCUCUCGUUCUCGAAUCAUCCUAAUCCCUAGUGGCUAUCACCCAAUGGUGAAUAUCGUCCAGUGAAGAGACAAGAAACAGAGGAUCAAGAAGCAGUGAUGCUCAAUAGUCAAAAUAUCCAAAGAGGAUGAGUGUCUAUGUUAGCCACCUAUACAGUACAUAAAUUCCUUAUCUUUUUUUUUUUUUUUUCUUGAAAAUCUUUUAGUUGUGUUUACGAAAAAAAGAAUAGAAAUAGAAAAGAGAGAAGAUUGUGGAUUUGGUGGGGGUUUGAAUCAUAAAAGUAGUGCGUGACCUCUUUUCUCUUU